AUGUCGACCUCUGCCCGCCGCCGUCUCAUGCGAGACUUCAAGCGUAUGCAAACCGAUCCUCCCGCUGGUGUCUCUGCCUCUCCCGUUGCCGAUAAUGUGAUGACAUGGAAUGCCGUUAUCAUUGGUCCGGCCGAUACACCCUUUGAGGAUGGAACCUUUCGCCUCGUGAUGAACUUUGAGGAACAAUACCCCAACAAGCCCCCUGGCGUCAAAUUUAUCAGUCAGAUGUUUCAUCCCAAUGUCUACGGAACCGGUGAGCUCUGUCUCGACAUUCUUCAGAACCGAUGGAGCCCCACCUACGAUGUGGCGGCCAUUUUGACGAGUAUUCAAAGUCUACUCAAUGAUCCCAACACCUCCUCACCGGCGAACGUCGAAGCAUCGAACCUGUACAAGGAUAAUCGCAAGGAAUACAUCAAACGCGUCCGCGAGACCGUAGAGAAGAGCUGGGAGGAUUAG